AUGGCUAAAAAAAGCCAUGGGUAUGACCGAUAUGUGUCCAUAUGUAAACCUUUACAUUACCAGGUGCUGAUGAAUCAGAGAUUCUGUACUAAACUGGUUGUCUUUUCAGCAACUACUGGUUUUCUUUUUUCUACAAUUGAGACAAUUUUCAUAUUUACCUUGACGUUCUGUGGGCUGAAUAUAAUCAAUCACUUCUUUUCUGAUAUAGCACCUUUACUUGAGCUAGCCUGUGCCAGAAAUUAUAUAGGAGAAGCUGUCAUUUUUCUUAUUUGUUUUUUGGUAGUAUUAUGUUGCUCAUUCUUUCUGAUCCUUCUGUCCUACAUUUUAAUCUUAAACACAAUCCUGAAAAUCCCCACCACAGAUGGGAAACGGAAAGCCUUUUCAACAUGUGCUUCUCAUCUUAUUGUGGUUAUCGUGCACUUUGGAUGUAUUUCCAUUAUUUACUUGAGGCCCCAAUCCAGGUAUACUUUGAAUGAAGACACAUUGAUCUCUGUUACAUAUACGCUAGUGACUCCAUUGCUGAAUCCGUUUGUUUACAUCUUGAGUAACAAAGAUGUCCAAAUAGCACUCAAGAAAUCCCUGGGCAGGAGCACAUGCACCGAAAAGAUAUGAGAAG